AUGCGUUCAUGCACCGUUCCUCCGGUCGUGCUGCAGCUGUUCCUUCUGCUCCUCUUGGCAUCUCGCUCCACUGCAUGCACCGAGCAGGAGAAGCGCAAUCUCCUUCGUUUCCUUUCUGGGCUGUCGCGAGAUGGCGGCCUCGCCAUGUCAUGGCGUGAAAACGGCACAGACUGCUGCGAGUGGGAAGGCAUCGCCUGCAAUGAAGACAGAGCUGUCACUGAAGUCUCCCUGGCAUCUAGAGGACUUGAAGGGUGCAUCUCGCCGUCCCUUGCCGACCUCACCAGCGUGCUACAUAUCAACCUCUCGUACAACUCCUUCUCUGGUGACCUUUUGCCAGAGAUCAUGUCCUCCGGAAGCAUCAUCGUCCUCGAUGUCAGCUUCAACCGGCUCAACGGAUCGCUGCACGAGCUGCCGUCUUUGGUUACCACCGACCGGCCUCUGCAGGUACUCAACAUCUCAAGCAACCAGUUCAACUCAGAAUUUCCAUCAGCCACAUGGAAGGUCAUGAAAAAUCUGAUUGCGCUCAACGCCAGCAAUAACAGCUUCACUGGGAACAUACCGUCUUCUCUCUGCCUUGGCUCACCAUAUUUGGCAUUGCUUGACCUCUGUUACAACCAAUUGAGUGGUGAGAUACCAAACGCGCUGGGUAACUGUUCCAAGCUCAAAGUGCUCAAGGCUGGCAACAACAACCUAAGUGGGAAUCUCCCUGUUGAAACCUUCCACGCUACCUUGCUGCAGUACCUUUCCUUCCCCAACAAUGGUUUACAAGGAGAACUUGAAGGAGCACAUAUAGUCAAACUCGGUAAUCUAGCUACUCUUGACCUUGGAGGGAACCACUUCAGUGGCAAGAUUCCGCAGUCGAUAGGUCUGCUCAAGAGGCUGGAGGAGCUCUAUUUGGGUAGCAAUAACAUGUCUGGGGAGCUGCCAUCAGCUCUUGGCAACUGUACAAAUCUCAAAAUCAUUGAUCUGAAGAUCAACAACUUCAGUGGAGAUCUAGGGAAGGUAAACUUCGCCGCCCUACAUAAUCUAAAAAGUUUAGAUCUCUUGAGGAAUAAUCUCAAUGGUAUAGUUCCAGAAAGCAUUUACUCAUGCAGUAAUUUGACUGCACUGCGGCUGUCCAGCAACCAUUUCCAUGGUGAAAUCUCAUCAAGAAUUGGCAAUCUGAAGCACCUGUCCUUCCUAUCACUUAGUAGAAACUGCUUUACAAAUAUAACAAAAGCCUUGCAUGCCCUUAAGAGCAGCAGGAAUAUCAGCACCCUGCUUCUUGGCAGAAACUUCAUGAAUGAGGCCAUGCCACAAGAUGAGUUCAUUGACGGUUUUCAGAAUCUUCAACUUCUUACCAUGGACUGGUGUUCGUUGACUGGAAGGAUACCUAUUUGGUUGUCCAAGCUCACAAAUCUGAAGAUACUACUAUUAGUCAGUAAUCGACUCACUGGACCAAUGCCAAGCUGGAUGAACUCCCUAAAUAACCUCUUCAUUCUGGACGUAUCAAACAACAGCCUUACUGGGGAAAUCCCAAUCGCGUUGAUGGAGACGCCAAUGCUAAAAUCAGACAAGGCUGGCAUCUAUUUGGACCCAAACCUCCUUGGUCUACCAAUUUUUUAUGUUGACCCGUCACUUCAAUACCGCAUGGGCAGUGCUUGGCCCAAAGGACUGAAACUCGGUAAGAAUAAACUCACUGGCGCAAUCCCCCAAGAGAUUGGUCAUUUGAAAACAGCGCAUUACCUGGACUUGAGUUUCAACAACUUUUAUGGAGCGAUCCCACAAUCGAUCUGUAACCUGACAAAUCUGCAGGGGCUAGAUUUGUCUAAUAACCAUCUCACCGGUGCAAUCCCUGCCGCACUGGGGAAACUUCACUUCCUUUCACAAUUCAACAUUUCUAACAACGACCUAGAAGGACCUAUUCCAACAACAGGCCAGCUGAGCACGUUUCAGACUUCUAGUUUUGAUGGGAACCCAAAGCUGUGUGGCUCUCUGCUUAUUAGGGAUUGCAGUUCAGUCGAAGAAGCUCCCAUGUACAUCUCUGCAAAAGAAUACAGCAUGAAGGUCAUAUUUGCGAUUGCCUUUGGUCCUUUCUUUGUGGUAGGGGUGCUAUAUGACCAGUUAGUACUAUUUAGAUAUUUUGGUUAAGCUCAGUACAACUGCAAUAUGGUCUAGCAUGCAAAGGAUAAAGGUAAUCAUGACUUGGUUGUACCCAUCUUUGUAUCCAGCUGCAAUUGUGUCUAACUAAUAUAUUACUCCCUCCAAUCCAUAUUACGUGUGCUCAAGCGGAUGUAUCUAGCACUGAAAUACAUCUAAAUACAUCCAUUUGAGCGACAAGUAAUAUGGAUCGGAGGGAGUAGUAGAAUCUUAUAAAGUACUAGUAUAUUGUUAGCUUGUUGAAUAAUAAAAGUACUCCAGUACAUAGGUUUGCUUUUAUAACUAGCUGCCUUGUUAAGUUAUUAGAGCAUCUCCAGCAGCUGUCAUUUCACCAAUAAUGUUCUCGAGCUACCGUCGUUGGUUACCACUGACCAGCCUCUGCAGGUACUCAACAUGUCAAGCAACCAGUUUAGCUCAGAAUUUCCAUCAGCCACAUGAAAGGUGAUGAAAAAUCUGAUCGCACUCAACGCCAGCAAUAACAGCUUCACUGGGAACGUAUCGCCUUCUGUCUGCCUUGGCUCACCAUAUUUGGCAUUGCUUGACCUCUGUUACAACCAAUUGAUUGGCGACAUACCAAACGCACUGGGUAAUUGUUCCAAACUCAAAGUGCUCAAGGCUGGCAACAAUAACCUAAGUGGGAUCACCAAAAAACACCCCAACUCCCCGUUUACAGAUCCCUUUUCGCCAAUAAUUUCCGAAGCGAAACCGAAGGAAAAAACUGUCUCCUGCCCGCACGCUCUGGCCGUUCGCCGCCGAACACCACCGGGCCGUCCUCCCUUCCCACCGCCACCCGUGCACCGGUGCCGGCCCACGGCUCCCGCCCGCAUGUGUUAACCCCGCCUAGCCGGUCAAAAAGCGAAUGUGUACAAAAUGCACAAUUUAAUCGAAUACAAAUGUGGCGACCCUACCACCUAGACAGCUGCUGAUAUAACAAAUGGUCCUCUAAAAAGUAAAAAGCCACUACUGUGAUACUGUCAAACUCGACAUGAUCAAAUAUCCCCAAAUGUAAGCAGGGACGCUGAUCAUGGAGAGCCUCGCAGCGCCACUUACAAGCCACCUGGGUUCGAAUCUCCCCACCUAUACUACCUAACAACGAAAGUUAAGGGAUGGAACUUCCCCCUUUAACCUGAUCAAAUUGCUCUAACCUUAA